AUGAACGCCGCACCGAUACGGCGGCAGCCCCUCGGCUGUCUCAAGACUGUCCUGCGCCAGACGAGGCAGCAACGCCAGUUCCUCCGGUCCUACGCCAGCGCCGCCGAAACCCCGUCGACGACCAAGUCCUCGGCACUCCUCCCCUCGCACACCUUCCACUCAAUCCCUUCCAAAAAGAACACCGCCGGCAUCCGCACCGCCUUCGCCGUCUACUCCGCCCCGUCGUCAUCAUCACCCCCACCGUCACACCCAACCUCUCUCCCCACGUCCCUCUCCCAAGAGAAGCCAGCAGCGGUAGCGGCAGCCGCAACUGCCGCGGCCCCGACCCCGCGCUCCACGCCCCUGGAGGCCCUCCACGCCCUGCAGAUCGCCCGCAUGGACCCGACCGGCGCCCGCCAGAAGCUCUUCUCGCGCACGAACCCGCACGGCGCCCGCGUCGGCGACGUGCUGAUGGUGACCACGCGCCGCGGCGCCGAGCCCUUCUCGGGCGUCUGCCUCUCCAUCCGCCGCCGCGGCAUCGACACGGCCGUCCUGCUCCGCGGGCAGCUCACCCGCGUCGGCGUCGAGAUGUGGUUCAAGGUCUUCUCCCGCAACGUCGCCGGCGUCGAGAUCAUCCACCGCCGCGCCAAGCGCGCCCGCCGCGCCCGCCUGACCUACAUGCGCCAGCCCAAGCACGACAUGGGCAGCGUCGACAACCUCGUCCAGGCCUGGCGCCGGAGCAGGCAGGUGCUGCGGACCAGGGGCGGCGGCGGCGGCGCGGCCAAGGGCGCCGCCGGUGCCAAGGGCAAGGACGGCAAGGCCAAGUAG